AUGGUUCGCAUCGCUGCUGCUUCCGUUCUUGCCUUGGCACUGACGGUUUAUGCCGCCGCUGAUCCUGCUGGUGCUAAGAACGUUGGAAACGGAAAGGGACAGCAGUUCAUUACUGGCCAAUGCCUCAGCAACGCUGACUGCGCUUCCGCCUGCUGCGCCCAGCAGAAUGGCGGAGUAGGUGUCUGCUCUGGGGUUGGUGCUCAAUUCCAAGCCGGCAAGACUGGAUGCGGCUUCGUUGAUCCUAAUGGCGGUGCUGCCGCUGGUGGCAAUGGUCAACAGAACAACGGCCAGCAGAACAACGCUCAGCAAGGCAAUGGUCAGCAGAACAACGGCCAGCAAAAUAAUGGCCAAAAUAACAACGGCCAGCAGAACAACGGUGCUGCUGGCGGAGCCAAGCCUGACCCUGCCGGUGCUAAGAACGUCGGCAACGGACAGGGCAAGCAGUUCAUCACUGGACAAUGCCUCAGCAACGCUGACUGCGCUUCCGCCUGCUGCGCCCAGCAGAACGGUGGUGCUGGUGUCUGCUCUGGUGUUGGUGCCCAGUUCCAGGCCGGCAAGACUGGCUGCGGUUUCGUUGAUCAGAAUGGUGGCGCCGCUGCUGCCGGUAACAACAACAACGCUGCCGGUAACAACAAGAACGCUGCCGGUAACACCAACAAUGCUGCUGCUGGUGGAAAUAAUGUGGUUGGCGGAGCCAACAAUGGCACAGAUGCUAACGCUGGCAACGGAAAUGGUAAUGGAAACGGCAACGGAAAUGGCAAGGCUGGAAAGAAGGCCAGAGGAAAGGGCAAGAAGAACAGAGGCAACGCCUGCAACGCAAACAACAACAACGGUCAGAACGCCAACCAGGGUCAAAACCAAAACAACCAGAACGGUCAAGGUGCCCAGAACGGUAACAAGAAUGGUCAGAACAACCAGAACAACGGUCAGAACCAGAAUGGCCAGGUUCAGAAUGGUCAGAACCAGAACAACCAAACUGCUGAUGCUGGUCAGAACAACCAAAACCAGAAUGGCCAGAACAACCAGAACCAGAAUGGUCAGAAGGGAAACAAGAACGGCCAGAACAACCAGAACAAUGGCCAGAAUCAGAAUGGCCAGAAUGGCAACAAGAACGGUCAAAACAACCAGAACGGUCAGGGUGCUCAGAACGGCAAUAAGAACGGUCAGAACCAAAAUGGUCAGAACCAGAACGAGCAGAAUCAGAAUGGUCAGAACAACCAGAACAACGGCCAGAACCAGAACGGCAACAAGAACGGUCAGAACCAAAAUGGUCAGAACCAGAACGAGCAGAAUCAGAAUGGUCAGAACCAGGGUCAGAAUGGCCAGAAUGGUCAAAACAACCAGAACGCGCAGAACGGCAACAAGAACGGCCAGAACCAGAACAACCAGAACCAAGCUGGUCAAAACGCUCAGAAUGGCAAGAAGAACGGUCAGAACCAGGCUGGUCAAAAUGCCCAGAACGGUCAAAACGGCCAGCAGGCUCAAGAUGCAGAGGAUGAAGAGUAA